AUGUUCCGUGUCGGCGCACGUUUCGUGCACACGCCGGCGGCUCGAAAAGCCCUGAUUGAGAAAAUUAUUCGAGUCGAUCAUGCCGGUGAACUCGGCGCUGAUCGCAUUUAUGCCGGACAAAUGGCCGUUUUAGGAGGUUCGUAAAAAACGAGCAUUUUUUCGGUGUUACUUCCACUGUACUGUGAAAACGGGCCGAGGGGUUGUGUAGGCUCUCGCGCCGUCUGACUCUCGUGGCUUCCGUAGCGCAGUAGGCAGCGCGUCAGUCUCAUAAUCUGAAGGUCGUGAGUUCGAUCCUCACCGGGAGCAAUCACAUUUUUGCACUUCUUUUCGGUGGUUUUAUGGUCUGUUUUUUAGAUUGAAGAGUUCUUUUUUGUGUUUUGUUAAGUUUUUUAUAGAAAAUGCCUUAAAAAAUUUCUAACCUUUCCUUUUCACCUUUUAUUGUCGUAUUGGACUUGAAAUUUGAUCUUUUUUGUUUGGGAUUAAUGAUAAAGAUGAAAAAAAUAUUUUUGAGAUUCCGAGUUGAAAGUCUUCGAAAAUAGUGUAAAAAAACGUAAUUUUUAUAUAUAUUUUUAAUUGAAAACAAGAAACAAUAAAAUGCUGAUUUUUCAUCAUUUGGACAGAUAACUCAAUAUUUAUUGCUUCACAACGUCUGUUCGAACGUUAAAUACCCACUUUUUUUAAUUGUUACCUGAAAAAAAUUUCCACUGGAAAAAUAAUACAUAUUGUACGCUGAUUACAGAAAAAGUAAGAAAAAACAGAAAAAGAGCUUUUUUCAAAUUUUUUUUUUCAAUUUUAUCAAUUCUUCUACAUUUUUGAUCAAUUUUUCCCAGGUUCCUCGGUCGGGUCCAUCAUCAAAAAGAUGUGGGAAGAGGAAAAAGAACACCUGGAUACGAUGGAACGGCUCGCCGUCCAGAAUAAUGUCCCACAUACCGUUUUUGCGCCGAUUUUCAGUGUCGCCGCCUUUGCUUUGGGUUGGUUUUGAAUGGAGUUUUGCAAAAUUGCCACUUUUAAGGUUUAUAGUGGUCCUUUUUAUUGUUUUUAUUUGAAAUUAGGGUUUUCCUGUUAUUUUUCAAUCGAAAACCUGAGCUUUUCUGAUUUUUCACAAGCUUUUUACGUUAGAACUCUAUUGUGAGAGUGUUAAUUUUCAUUACUGUUUCAAAGUAUAAGUAUAAAUUUUGGAGUGAGAGCUUAUUUUUGUUUUUUUGUAUGUAUGGUAGGGUAUAUUGCCGACUCAUUGGGACGAGGGGGCGUGGCCUGUCUGCGCUCUCCAUUAACCAGGCACUGUCUCUUUUCUGAUCGUGUCAGGACCCCUUUUUUUCGAUGGUUCAAGCCAGCCGUGUACCAGCUGUAUUAGGAAAAAUUAAUCACAUUUUUUUAUGAUUUGUUCCGAAUUUGAUUAAUUGGUUUUUUUAUUAAAUAUUAAGGCUUUUUUUGGUGUUUCUAACCCUUUUUUUACCUUUAUAUUGGUUCGGAUUUUUUUAAAAAUAAAAUAAAAUAUAUAUAGACCCAAAACUUUUUCAUAGUUUCGAUCUUAUUUAAGGAUUUUUAUUGUUGAGUUCGUGAUUUUAAAACCUUUUUGAGUUGAAAAAAAUUUGUGAAAGCAUUUUUGAAGCUGAAAAUUGAAGGGUUUUCUGGUUGAAAAUCGAUUUUUUUACCAAAAAAAUUUCAAAUUUUAUGGUCUUUAUUUAAUAGUUUUUUUACUUGAACAGAAAAUUUUUUUAUGAUUGAAAGACGUAAAUUGAUCGAUUUUUUUGGCCAAAUAAAAAAAUUAUCGAGUUUUGAGUUUUUUGUGCUUCAAGCCGUUUUCAAAAUAUUUUUUUACAACCGAAAAUCAAAAAUUUUUCUCUGACUCUCCACAAUCCUGUUAUCUUUAUCACUCUCUGAUCUUCUUUUAGAGAGCCGAAAUUAUUCUGAACAUGGUGUAGUAUAGAUAAUUGAAAUCCUUGAAAACAAGAGAAGUCAUUUUUUAUAUAGGGGCUGGAACGGCAAUGUUGGGUAAGGAGGGCGCGAUGGCGUGUACGGUGGCCGUCGAAGAACUCAUCGGCCGACAUUACAAUGACCAGUUGAAAGGUGACAUGGAGGCUUUUAAAGUGCGACAGUUUGAAAAUAUUGUAAAUAGCUGGGAAAAAAGAUUCUAGAGGAAGAAAAUGCUUUUGAAAAGCGCGUCAUAAAUAUUGAAACGAGUUUUUGAAGCUUACUUUUGGAUUUUUUCUGAACGGUUUCAGAAAAGGGGAGAUCAAACUUGAAUAUUCCCAUUAUUUUUAAUUUCAUAAAAUUUAAGGAAACUGUUGCGAAAAAAAGCAAAUAAAUAUAUUUUAAAUGUGCGUCAUAAAUAUUGAAACAAGGUUUUGAAGCUUGAAUUUUCUGAUGUUUUUCAAGAAAGUUUGUAAAGUUGGAGAUCAAACUUGAAUAUUCUGACUUUUUUUGAAAAAAAGCUCAUAAAAAUACAAGAAAUUAGCUGAGAAAAAGCAAGAAAAACGCACUGGAAAAAGUGCGUCAUAAAUAUUGAUACGAGUUGUAAAUUCUUUUGAAUUUUUUUCUGAGAGGGUUCAGAAAAUUGGAGAUCAAACUUAAAUUUUUUUCUUUUUAAUUUUAUAAAUUUCAAAGAAAUAGUUUAGAAAAACGCAAAAAAAUGCAUUAUAAAUGUGCGUCAUAAAUAUUGAAACAAGGUUUUUUGAAACUUGGAUUUUUCUGAUUUUGUAUGAGAAAGUCUAGAAAAAUUGAAGAUCAAGCUUGAAUAUUCUAAUUUUUUUCUUUUUUUAAAAAAAGUUCAUAGAAUUCAAAAAGUUUGCUGAGGAAAAGGAAAAAAAAAAUGCAUUAUAAGUGUGCGUCAUAAAUAUUGAAACGAAUUUGUGAAACUUGAAUUUCUGAUUUUUUUUUCUAAAAAAGUCCCAAUAAUCGGCAAAAAUAGCUGGAAGAAGCUUCGUUUCAAAAGAAUUCUUCUCAAAAAGUUGCGUUAUAAAUAUUGCCCACAUUUGCAUUUUCUUGACCUUUCUUUGAAAAUGAGACAAUUUUUCGGCUUCAGAACUUCUGGAGGACGAUCCAGAAGCCCACAAAGAACUUCUGAAGACGUUGACGAGGUUAAGAGACGAAGAGCUUCAUCACCACGACACUGGACUCGAAAACGACGCCUUGAAGGUCGGGAAAUUGAAGAUUUGUCCGUGGAGCGCACUUGCUUUUGAACUUUUUUAGGGAAAUCUUUUGUGGCCCUUAAGAGGUUCCUCAUGGACUAUUUUAAGAGGACACUAAAGCCUUCGAUUUUAGUCAUUGAUCCCAUAUAUCAAGACAUCUCAAGAAAAGAAGAAAAUUCAGGCGCCCAUGUACGACGCGCUGAAGUUUGUGAUUCAGCUGGGUUGCAAAGGCGCCAUCAAAAUCGCCGAGAAACUUUGA